AUGGACGUAAAAGCAGCUAUGAAGGCUCGCAUGGCAGAGGCCAAGAGCAAACAGUCGCAGAAGAUCGCUCAGAUCAAAGCAUUGAAAGCUUCCAUGUCUGCCUCGAACCCCCCCAGAAGCUCCGAACCGAGCGGGAAGGUCAAGCCAACCAGUGCCCCAGCAUCGCUUGCACCAGCUACAGAGAAAAAGAAGGAGGAAGAGGUCAAGAAGGCGAGCGACAAGAAACAAGUGGAGGCUCCGGUGGAAGCGAAGCAGGCAGAGGAGCCCAGCAAGACUGUCGUGUCAGGUGUCGGCCUUCAGCUUGCGUACGGCGACUCAGAUGAAGAGAGCGGGGGCGAGGAAGAGAACGUAGAGGAGGAAACCAAGGAGAAUGAAGCAGCUUCCCUCCCCGUGGGGUUCUUCGAUGACGCGUCUCAAGACGCCAUAGCUCACAACAAGCCUCCCCCAAAGCCGGUGAACCUGGACGAAGAGUUCGCGGCCUUCCAGGACGAGAUUGAGGGCGAUCUUGAGGCGCUGGAUCAGGCAGAGGACGAGCAGGUCAAGCAGCUUGUGGAGGAGCGCGACAAGGAAGACAAGGAGGAGCAGGAGGAAAUGGCGACGAGAAUAGAUGAGCUCAAGAAGGCCCGAGAGCUUCUAAAGCAGCGUCGCACGAUCGAAUCGCAAGGAGACGUGUCCAAGAGGAUGAAGCUGGAUUCGACGUUGCAGAGUCUGGAGGACGAGGACGAAGAGGACGAGGAGGAUGACCUUCUGGACUGGAGGAAGAAGGGCAUGACCAACAAGACACUUUGGUAG